AUGGUUCCAGAUACGCUGCGGUUGGAUUUGGCCGAUUCUGCAAAUCUGCAAGAUUCCGACGAUGUGUUAUAUCUCUGCCAGUAUUGUUUGGCUAACUCCGGCUCUUAUGAGAAGUACGAGACGCAUUCGGUUCUUCUUUCUUGUUUCUUCUUAUUGUAGCGCAUUCAAAGUGAUUCAAGAUAAAUUGACGGACCCGAUCAUAGGACAGUGAAACAUAUAUUUUCCUUUUCAGGAAACCCCUUCGAGUUCCGCGGAAUCUCUUUGAACGCUCCAUAGCUUGUUGAGUAAAAAUAUAUAUUAUAUUUUCAGAGAACUUGUCAUGUUCGUAAGCCACCGGGAGAAGAAAUCUACAGGCACAAUCAGAACUCUGUCUUUCAAGUGGACGGUUCAGAGUAUAGGUAAUGUGAAAUAAUACCUAUUUUUCUAACCCUGAAGUGGUUUUCAAGGGGCUACUGCCAAAAGCUGUGUUGGUUGUCAAGAGAGUUCAUCCAAGCUAAAGUUCCCUUGGAGUCAACUAACGAGUUCAUGUUCUACGUUUUGACAGAGAAUUAUGGAUUGAACUACCGCUUCGUCGGCUAUUUUAGCAAGGUUUUUUUUUGAUCCGAGGCGAAUUUUAUAAGUUUGUUUUUUAAUACAAGUGGUACGAAUAUUUUAAAUGUUCUCCCUGACAAUCUCAUCCUUCUGAGUUUUUUUUUUUUGAAAUUGCUUAUUCGUAUUUCAUGCUGGGAAAAGGUUAUCGGUCCCGUGAAACGGUUCUACAGACUUUGAAUGGUUGCAGUGCAAAAUGAACGACUCCAUUCAUAAUCUUUCGUGUAUUAUGGUUCUUCCAGACUACAGAGACCGGGGAUAUGGCCGUUUGCUAGUUGAAAUAAGUAUGUAUCUUUGUUUCUGUUGGAGAGUCGUCCGAUUUUCUUUUUUUUUUUUUUUUAUCAUUGUCUUCUUAAUUCAACAUUGACUGAGAGUUCUCUAUAGAAGUGAAAUUACAGUUCAGAAUAGUUGCUUCCAAAAAAUGUUUUUCGCUAUCCUUUCUUUUUCUAUUGCAGGUUAUUAUCUGACGCGAAUGGAAAGGAAAUCUGCGACGCCGGAGAAGCCGUUGUCCGAGGCCGCAGCCGCUCUAUUCAAAUGCUACUGGCGCGAGGUUAUCAUCAAACUAUUCGCCUUCUGGCGAGAAAAUACCGUCGACCGGAAUCACACAACUAUUCAAGGUUUGCAUCAUUGAAAUCGAACCAGCGCCCUGAUUUUUUUAAGAGUUUUGUAAUACCUGACUUUCAAACCUUAUCUUAUCUUUUUUACUUCUAUCAAACUCAGUUUGUGAUAAGCUUUGGAAAACGUUCAAAAUUAGUUUUGAGAAGGUUAUUUUUAUUCCAGAAACGAGUGCUAUGACAGGAAUAGCUACAGAGGAUGUAUCUGCAACUCUUUUAGAGCUUGGUUGGCUCAAAAGAGAUGUUAGAGGGUUCGUCUUUAAGUAUCACUUCAUUCAAAAUCAUCAAAUUUAAUCGGUUUAAGAGUAUUUGUCAUUGAUCUGGAAGGCGAUCCAAGUGGCUUUCAUCAAUUAAAAUCUGCGAAAAAAGCCCAUAAAGUCAAAUUCAACAAGAAAGCUCUUCAGGUGUGUUUUGCUUGUCAAUUUUUUAGAAAAAAAAAACGGGUUUCAGUGUUUUCCCGUGAUUCAUCUCGACAACGAAGAGGAAGAAGUAAAAGAUAUUUCCAAAGGUUCUCCUUUAUAGUCUUUACUAGGAGAGCGGAAUAGAGGUUGAUAGAAAUUUGUUGAAAGCUACUUUCUUUUGUUAUUUUUUUUCCAAAAUUGCAUGUUUUUUCGAGCAUUAAGAGCAUUGCCACGAUAAAUGUAUAUUUUUUUUCCGAUAGCUUUGUUUGAGAAAAUAAAAUGUUUCUCGAAAGCAAAUUUAAAUGGAAAGUGUCUUGCAAAAAAAAAGAUGAAGCCAAAAUUCUACUGAAAGGAAACGUGGUUAUCCAUCGUAUUAUUGUAACUGAAAAGGUUUACGAAUUUGUUUGGCGAGUGGGAAGUUGGAACGAACCAGUUAGGGGUCGACUGUAAAGCAAAAAAAAAAGAAGAGACAUUUUGCGGUUGGCCGAAGACAUUGCUUGUUAACAGUUGAAAAGUUGUUCUUUGGCGACGGCAACCUUGUUGUGACCCGCUCGUCUUCUUCUUGUUCCCGUUUCCAUCUUCUUUUGAUAUGAUUUCCAACUGCGGUUUGAUCUGAAAUACAAAAAUGUUUUCUGUGUGAUUUGUUUAUUCUGUGCUAUUUAGUUUAGCUUCGAACCGGCCUGAAAAAAAUAUUUUUAUCUUUUUUCAAGCGAGCUUUUCUUGUCUGAGAACUUUGAAAUAUUAGUUUUUUCAAAAACGUUGUUAAUCAACUUUGAAUGUUUUUUUUUGGAGGCGAGCCAUAACCACAGUCGUUAGAGAGAAGGGUUCUUUCCCUGUUAGAGAUUUUCGAGUCUAAGUGAGAACUUGUUAGAACGGCCCACUUCUCCGCGAAUCUGAGCUUGUUCAGAUGCGAUAUGAGUGUCUCGUUGUGCUUCUGACGGCGCUUGGGCUUGCUCGGGCUCAGACGGAUCCAUGCGCCGCGGCUCCAAACGAGGCUGCCAAAAUUAUGUGCCAGCAAAUCCACCGCUGGGACGACGGCGCGCGGGUCUGUUUCAUCGUGGUUUUGAAGUAUUGGCAAAGAAUACCAUAUUCGAACUAUAAGGCGUCCAUCAAAUGGUGAGCCUCAUAAUUAUGUUGUCUGUUUAUAUAUCCUCACUGUGAGUUUGGAAGGCGUAUUAAUCUCUCAAGACUGUAAAAAAAACUGAAACAGCUUUCAGUAACGAUUUUUUAAAUCAAGAUGUUCAAUGCUUUUACAAAAACCCAGGCUUGGAAUUUUUAACGACACAACGAGAAAUUUUUUACGCCCAACGAAUAUUUACAGCUGAUAGUUGAGAAGUUUGUUCUGAAAACGGAAAGAAAUACAAUUUUAGGAGGUAUCCGAUUUCACUGUUUUAUAAUAGAUGUGUUGAUAAUGUAACAAUCUUAACGAAUCUUCAAAUUAUUUAAAAGAAGUAUGAUUGGUCUAUCUUUUUUCUUUGAAUUCUCAUUUUAUGCUUGACACUUUUCCAAAUAAGCUCUCCUGGAAAAUCUCUCCACUCUCCAAUGUUUAAUCGAACGCUUUUGGCACCUGAUUCAAUACAGAGACUGACAUUUGUGGGAACAAAGAGCGACAAAAUGAAACGCGGGUUGUCGAUAAACGAAGACGUCAUAUUUGGGGUAGCGAUUCGGUCUCAAUCGAUGAAAGGUUACACAAAAUAUUGUUUUCCAGCAGUCUUUUCUUCACCGUACUCUGCCAAAAAAAAAAACGAAAGCUGUUCAAUGGAAAUAAUUAAUCGGAAAGAAUUUUCCUGCAGGUUGCUUCAACGAAAAAGAAGAUAGCGCUGCCGCCAGGCCUCGCCGGAACCAAAGGAAUCGCUGCCGAACUGGCUCCGAUCGCCUCUUCCAUCUACCAAUGCAUGGAUCUUGCUUGCAUGUGCACCUACCUUCGAGGUUCGAGGCCCUAUGAGCACAUUCCAGUUCCUGUCAAAACUUCGAUUUUUGAUGGAGAGCAGUGGUUUUAAAAACGAAAAAGUCUGUCCAAGAAAAUCGGCCCACAAACUUGAGUGUGGAAAAUUGAAUUAAGAAAUAUUCUUUCGAAUUCUUUCCACUUCUUUUUUUUUCUUUGAAGAGCAUGCCUAAAGUAGCGUCUUUUUUUUUGAGUUUUUUUUUAAAAAAUGGUUUGAAUCCGAGGUUGGGGAUUUCCUGGAGUUGACCAGAGUCUUUGGCGCCGCAUGAAGAUCCUGAGAUUCAACCGGUUCCUUAUUUUUCAGAAAGAAUCGCUUUUUUUGACUUUGAGAGUAGUUUUUUUUUUAUAAAUUUUGAUAGAUUAGAACGUUCAGAAUCUUCUUUUAGUACAUCAAGGACUCUGACGAGUUCUCAGAUAAUCGCUAAUCGUAAAGUAUUUAAUGACCAUUCUUUUUGUAAGUCCGAGAUAUUCUGUUCCGCUAGACUUCACAUGUUUUUAGAGCGUUAUUUAUUUCGUAGGACUAUGGACGUAUUGUGAAAAAGGGCCACUGCAGGAGUAGCGGCGCCGAAUGGACAAUGCACGUUGCCGAACGGACAGCCGCUGCGCAAAGCUCUCCGCAAGGAGUACCGUACCCUCUCCGACGAUGAGAUUCAACGUCUUCACGCCGCCUUCCGCACUCUCAAAAACGUUUCUCUACCUCUCGAUUUUCUUUAGUCAUUCUUCCAGAACGGAGAGUAUGAUCGAAUCGGAAGGAUCCAUUCGCAGAUGAGUGCAGCCGGAGGCGCUCAUUCCGGUCCGGCUUUCCUGCCUUGGCAUCGGGAGUUCAUCAAAAGGUGCGAGCCAGACGAUGAAUCGUAAUUGUAGAUCGCAGUUUAUUGUGAGAAAUAGUUGACAAGCCUGACACAAAAAUUGAUUUCGGUUUUCUGGAAUUUUUCGGAGAUAGGUCAAAGAAAUUUUUGAUGUCUCAAAGGAGGCUCCUGGGGGUCUCGGCUUCCAAAACUUUUCAGUUUCCGAGAAAAGGCUUACAGUUUCCUUAGAACCUACUUUAUCGGUUUCUAUAUUUUUCCUCGACUUUGAACAAAUAAUUUUUCGAGGAGAAUUUGAGAAGUUUUGAGAGAAUUCCAAAAUGGCAGUCUAAAGUCUGUAUAUCUUUUCAAAAAGGGGUAUUAAAACCUUUAUGACGUGAUACUACUGGGAGCUCUGUUCUGCAAGAAAACGUCACGAUUAUUAUUCAGAGUGGAGUUCGCCCUCCGUCAAGUCGAUCCCACCGUCGUGUUGCCUUAUUGGGACUCUACCCUCGAAAGUCAUUUGCCACGGCCUCAGGAUUCCAUCAUGUUCACGUGUGUCCUGUUCAGCUAAAUCAUCUCAUUUUCGAAAUUCCUAGAGAUUACCUCGCGGGUCGAACCGACGGCCAGGGUCUCGUCACCUCUGGACCUUUCACCAAUUGGCGGACUCUGUCUGUGAGCCGCCUUGUUUUGCUUUCAACUCGUGAUUUGUCAAAUUAACAGGGUCGGGCGAACAUCCAGCGUCGAGUGGGAGCUCAGGGUAAUCCCCUGAGACAGCAAGACAUCGACUUUGUGAUGCAGCAGACCGAGGUCGACCAAGUCAUGGCUUUCACCGCGCCGCGACAGGUUACUUUGUCAUACUUCAAACAGCUUCAUCCUCAAAUCGAGUAGUUUCCCAUUUGAAGUCCAUUGUCUGUCCGUAAAAGUUUGCUGGAAGGACAGGUACAUUAUAAAUCACUAUUGACCUUUUUGGAAUUUACAGUAACCUAGUCAGAAAAGAGGAAAAAAACGCCACAUGAAUGGAACUGCAGGGAUGUCCAUAUCGAACGGACUUCAACUGCUUGGAGUACACCCACGGAAACGUGCACAUCUUCGUCGGCGGCGACAUGUUCGAUACGUCGACGUCUUCUAAUGAUCCGCUCUUUUUCUUCCACCACGCCUUCAUCGACCACAUCUGGGAGUUGUGGCGACAGAGCCGACAGGUGUUUUUUUUUGCAAUAAUUUUCUCUUUCCUUCACAAUUAACUAUUUCUGGAAGGAUAAAUCUUUAAAGAAGAAAGUUCGGUAAGAUGAGUUAUUUGAUUAAAGUUCUACACUAGGUUCGAGAGCGCUGGAGUUUAUCUUUUAUUCGUCUUCACUUGGAACACCCAAAAUCGCGAAAAAAAAAACUUAUUUUUUUAAAUUUAAGUCACGAGCGGAUCGCGAAAUCUCAUAUCCUCCGGACAACCAACUCUGCUCUUCACCACAACACUUCGGGGCCGGAAAUCUGCUGCCCUUCACUCCGAUGAGGUUCGUCUCAAUCAAAAGCAUUUUUUGGAGACGGGGACUUUAGAAAUAUUGACGGACUUUCGAACAAGUUCACAGACAACAUAUACGAGUACGCCCCUCGGCCGACUUGCAGUGCUGCCAACCCCGACUGCGGAUCCAAGUUAGACAUUUCUUGUGGCGAGUUCAUCGGAAAAAACGAAAAUUGCUUCGAAACGCAAGAAAAUUGUUCCAAAACAAAAGUUAGUACUUUUUUGGAGCAACUUUUUUUGGAGCAACUUAAACACAAUUUUUCGUUUUGAAGCAUGUUUCGUUUCUCCGAUGAACACUCCACUGAAACGGUUUUUUCCCAGAUACAUCAGGUUCAGCAUCUAAUUCUUCUUUGAAAUUAUAUCAUUUUCAUUUUGAUCUUCCGAUGAAGUUUUUAUGAAACUACGACCCUCAUCGAAAACCCUACGUUUCGAUUUUCAACAAAGGCUUGACGAUUCUGAACCUACUCUUGUUUUGAGCGCUUUAUUCUCAGCAAAAGUUCUUACUGACACUUUUAUAGAUAUCUAUUCUGCGACACGGUUCAAGGCGUGCCGAGGUGUAUCGCUCGCAUUCAGACAGGUGCCGCGUGUGGAUCCUUCAGCGUCAAUCCCUGUUUUGGAGGAUCCUGCCAGGGCGGCGUUUGCGUCAUUUCAGUUGGUGGUUGCUCGAAAACCCGCAUAAAUGGGAUGGAUUUGAGACGGCGAACCCGCCGAAGCCGCCUCCUCCGGCGACGACGCCAAAGCCGACGACGCCAGUAGUGGUGGCGCCGCAGGAGACCUGCUUCAACGAGAAUCAAUGCUGCGCUCCGUGGGCCGCUAAAGGCGAAUGCACCCGAAACAGCGGCUACAUGAACGAGUGGUGCAAGGCGAGCUGUGGCAUCUGCAAACCUUCCUACCGCCUCCAAGACGGUACUUUUUCGAAGAUGUCUUGUCCAUAAUCAGGAGUUACCGAAUUUAAUCCAUAGAUGGGCAAGUGCAAAAUAAUUUAGCCCGGGAGGGGAAAUGGGCUUACGAAAAUUUUAGAAAAUUAGGAAUAAAAUUUUAAAUUUAAAAGUUUCAACCUUAGGGAGGUAGAAGCCUCGCUCGCCUUUCAAUUCGAAAAAAUUGACUGCAGCCAUGAUCAAAAUGUUCCAAAAAUUUUAGAAAACCGUUUCAGACUGUACCGACAGACAUUCGAACUGUGCUUCGUGGGGUCGCAGCGGCGAAUGCUCCAAAAAUCCCUUGUGGAUGACGGAAAACUGCAGAAAAAGCUGCGGCAAAUGUGGAAAGACACGUGCGCAGGAGUGCGGCGGAGGUUCGUCGCCUGAGAAGUGACAUCAAAUCUUCGGACUUUGCAGGAGAAGCCGUGGCGACGACUGCGGCGCCGCAGACGCCGCAAUGCGACAACUCAGACGGCUGCUACAACGAAAACGUGUGUUGUCCCCACUGGGGACUGAUGGGAGAAUGUCGUAAGAACUCCGGAUGGAUGGCGUGCAACUGCCGCGUCUCUUGCGGCCAUUGCUUCCCCACCGACUACAACUACGGAUGUAGGCGUCUUCUUGUCCUGUUCCUCGUCUCAUGCUCAGUUUCAGCUUGCGUCGACUACCACAAGUCGUGCGCAGGAUGGGCGCGAAUCGGAGAAUGUCAGAAGAACCCCUGGAUGUCGGAGAACUGUCGUGCCAGCUGUCGGACUUGCUAUUCGCAGUGGGACUUGCGAAAAAAAUGCCGUGGGGCAGCCGGUGAGUCUUUUAUUUACGUUUAUGGAGGAGUGGGAGUAAAAUUCUCCACCAUUUCACGAGCCUUUGAAAUCCUAGAAAAAUGGAAGGCUUGAUAAAGGGACUCACUUUGCUGUCUUUUUACAGCCUUUCUACGGCCUUUUUUGAGCCUUUCUUUUUUAGCGGCCAUUAUCCACCAUUGCGACUUUGCCCGAGUAGAAAAUAAACUCUCAGAGGCAAAAUAUCAGUUCUUCAAGUUAUUUAUUUAUUGGCGUUGUUUUCUUAUGAGCACUUUAUUUUCUAUGUCAAUUUGUAGGAUCGGUGGCGCCUGUGGCCGAGAAUCAGCCUCCGCCGCAGCAGCAACAAGGACCGCAACAGAAUUGGGGACAGCGCGGCUGGGGCGGCAGUCCUGACUAUGAAGAUUCCAUCGGCUGGGGCGGCGGCGGGGCGACGUGGGGAGGCUUCGCUCCGAGAUGGGCCGGCCGUCGUGGCUGGGGACGCAAAUGA